AUGGCGACUGUCGACCGCCAGGAGAUCAUGGCGACGAACAAGUCGCUGCGUCUCAUCAAGAAUGAACUGGAGGUCCUGCUCGGAAAGGGCGCUAUCACGGACUACGCAUUCGACUCGAUCCACCGCAUCUUGCCAGCCGAGACGUCGCUGGCUUCUCGCAGUGCCUCCUCGGCCGUCCCCUCGCCCAUGUCCCCGCCUAUCAACGCGAUGGCCAACCUAGGUUUCAACCAGCCCGCCUCGGCGAGCCCGGCGCCCCCGGCCUACAACCAGACGGGCCCUCCCUCACUGCCCGCCCGCAACAACCCCCCAGCGCCUCCGCCGGCCGCGAAGCCCGCCGUCGCACAUGCCAAGGCGCUGUACAAGUACCAGGCCGCCGACGACCGUGACCUGUCGUUCGAGCGCGACGACCGUAUCGCCGUGCACGAGUACAUGAACGACGACUGGUGGAUGGGGCGCAACCAGCGGACCGGCGCCGAGGGCAUCUUCCCCAAGAACUACGUCCAGGUCGACAGCGCCGCCAAGGGCGAGAAGGCCGGCUUCUACGCCCCGGCCCAACCCGUCUAUGCCUCACCGUCGCCCGCUGCCGGAGGCUACUCGGCACCACCGCAGAACCAGAAUCCCUACAACUCACAAGUGCCGCCCAUGGCCGUUGCUCAGGGAGGCAGCGGCGCGAGCGGCCCGCCGAGCAAGAUGAACGAAAACGGCAAGAAGAUUGGCAAGAAGCUGGGUAAUGCUGCUAUAUUUGGUGCGGGCGCUACGAUUGGUUCAAACAUCGUCAACAGUAUCUUCUAA